AUGGGUUGGUUUUCAUGGCUUUAUUAUAUGAUCCUCCUCUUUUUUAUUUCUUCCUCUGUCUCUUCUUCAUCAAUACCUCUAUCCUCUGCCCCUCCUCCGUUUCCUUCCUUUCCAUCGUGUCACAUUGACGACAGCAAAGCUUUGCUCCAAUUCAAGAACUCAUUUUCCAUUGAUCAUACCCUAUCUUGUGGUGCUGAUUUCCCUCCUCCAACAAUCUUUUGGGAGAGUGGCACAGAUUGUUGUGGAUGGAUCGGACUCACCUGUAAUAACAUAACAGGUCAUGUGAUCGGCCUCGAUCUUACUUGCUGCAUGCUUUGGGGAAUUAUUCAUUCCAACAGCAGCCUUUUCCUCCUUCGCCAUCUCCAGACACUAAUCCUCUCAUUGGACAAUGAUUUCAGAGGCUCCACCAUUCCCCCUGAAUUUGGUACGUUUACAGAUUUGUUGCACCUUGAAAUCUGGUCUGCUAAUUUUGCAGGGGAUAUACCACUCGAAAUAUCCUACCUAUCUAAGCUUCAAACACUUGAAGUUUAUAGUGGAAAUCAACAACUGAGACUAAACACAUCUACCUUUAAAAGAAUUGUCACAAACCUAACCAACCUCCAAAACCUCACUCUGGCUGAUGUUGAUAUGUCUCGUAUUGAUCUUUGCUUCUUUGAUGAAUUUGUCAUCUUCUUUGAUAUCCCUUUGCCUCUUUUACUUUCACUCAGGAUAUUGGACCUUUCUGGAACAAAUUUCUCAAUAGAUAUACUUGAUCCAACUAGAAAUUUGAAGUCAUUGGACGGAUUGUACCUUAGCAACUGCAGGUUAAUAGGAUCAUAUCCUGUUUUGUUUGGUAACCUUACACAGCUUGCUUCCGUAGGCCUCUCCAAUAAUAAUAUCAGUGGCCAGAUCCCAUGGUCGUCUUUUAAUCCAAAGCGUCUCACUUACUUAAGUCUUGCAGAGAGAAUUCCAUGGAAAAACCUGCAAUUUCUCGAUCUACACUCCAACAUCCUUCAUGGACAUCUUCCAAUUCCACCACCAUCCGUUGAAGUCUUUUCUAUAUCACACAAUCAACUGAUUGGGGAGGUACCUUUACUGAUUUGCAACCUUAGUUCCCUUGAAGUUCUUGAUUUGGCUAAUAAUGGUAUGAGUGGGAAACUUCCUCCAUGUAUUGGAAAUUUAAGUGGCAGUCUCUCAGUUUUGGAUAUACGAAUGAAUAAGUUUCAUGGAACGAUUCCUAGACAAUUGUUUGCAAAGGAAAACAUAUUAAGGAAUCUGAACUUGAAUGGAAAUGAAUUUGAAGGUUCAUUGCCGCGAUCUUUGCUCAACUGUAAGAAGUUGGAGGUUUUGGACAUUGGAAACAACCAUAUAAAUGGUAUGUUUCCCCACUGGUUGGAGUCUCUUCAAAUGCUGUAA